AAUCAUAACUGAGAACCCAGAUCGAAGAACCUCAUACUCCGUCCAUUCCCCAUCUCUCUUCGACAGACGAAGAAAUCCUCAUUCCACAUCUGAGUCUUUGUUUCAAACCUAAAUCGCGAAAUCAUCCAAACCUCUUUGCAAAUUUCAUGGGUCUCAAUCAGUAGCUCUUUAUCUAUCACUACUACAGUAGCUCGUCAUCUUUUCCAUAGUCUUCUUCCGCUGCUCUUAAGUGGAUCUGCUAUUUCCAAGCCUCCGAGUUAUUGCCACUUUGAGUACGCAAAGUUCUCGUAAGAGAUGACUUGAUUGUUGAGAACUGGUGACCAAGCUUGGAAAAAUGAAGUAGUUUGUGAGAUCAAUUUUGAACUUGCAUCUUGAGUUGAAAAAUCAGUGACAUCAUGAAUUAAGCAACACGUUAAGUGGUGGAAACAAGUUGUGGUGUUUGAAUUGGCUUUGACUUAAAUCAAUUUUUGAUGAUGUCGCCCUCUGCUGGAUCAUCAAGUUCUGCAAGAGCCAUAGCUCUAAGGAUUAAGGCUGUGGCAAUGAAACGAUCGAGGACAAAACCAGCAACACCAAUUCCGGCAAUUGAAGGGGCUGAGACAUCAACCAAAAAGGCUGCCAAUCCCAUAUCUAAAACUACCAAAAAAGCAGCCUCUCCCAAGAAGUCUAAUACUACAUCAACAGUUGCCUCUCCCAAGAAGGGUCGGACUACCAAAAAGGCUGCCUCUCCCAAGAAGGGUCGGACUACCAAAAAGGCAGCCUCCCCCAAGAAGUCUCGGACUACCAUGACUAUAACUGCUAAGUCCAACAAAGCUGUGUCAUCAACCAAGUCAACGAACAAGUCUGUUUCCAGUAAGACCAAGAAGUCUGAGGAGGAUGAUGAUGAAAACAGAACUGGUGGAUUGAAGUUGCUGAAGCGAGGAAUGGUUACGAUGAGCCGCAUUACAAACAGGCUUAUCCGAGGAAAGAGGCUCACUGUGAAGUUUAAUGAAAAAGGAGAACCUGUUGGUAAGGCUGCAAAAGAAAUGCAGUCUUACAUUGGGGUGUUGGCACGUACGAAGAUCCCUAUCUCAAUAAAUGAUUGGAGAGAAGUGGAUCUAGAUGAAAAGGAAAAGAUAUGGGAAUCUAUAAAGGAUGCAUUUGUGGUGCCUAAAGAGCUUAAAAAAAUGGUGAUUUCAUCUGCUGCAACUAAAUGGAGAGAGUUCAAGAGCAAGUUAACAAACGUGUACAUCAUCCCUUAUAUGGAUGAACCAGAACUGUUAGAAAAUCCUCCAGAUGAUUACCGAAGCAUAACGAAGGAUACUUGGCACCAGUUUGUUGCUGAUAGGCUUUCAGCUACCUUCCAGGAAAUACGUGAAGCCCAAAUUGCAAAGCGAAAGGAGAAUAAAUAUCCUCAUCGUAUGUCACGCAAAGGUUAUGCAAAUUUAAUGGAAGAACUGUCUGAAAGUGUCCCUUUAGAAGAACUUGAUAGAGCUACAAUGUGGAUCAAGGCUCGGCAAGAUAGGAAUGGCAACUUCAAACAACCUGAGGUAGAGAAGAAAGCCGAAAAAAUUGAACAUUUAAGGAAAAGGGAGGCUGAAGGGGAAAUUGCCACAUCUGGGUCUGAUGAUGUGCUCACUCUUGCAUUGGGGAAUCCGGAGCAUAGAGGUAGGGUUAGAGGUGUUGGUGGCAAUGUCAAGCCCGAUUUAUAUUUCAACUUGCCAAAACGCCAAAAGAUGACUUUUGAACAGAGGACUAGGUUAUCGCUAAAGAAGAUACUAGAGGAGGAGAAGGAAGUUUUGUUAGCUAAGGAAAGAACUGCAUGGGAGGAGGAGAGGGAUAGAAAACAUGCUGAGGAGAGAGCUGAGGAGAGAGCUUAUUGGACUGAGAGGAUUGCGAAGCUAGAAGCGAAGGUCAAUGGGAAGGAGCUGCCUGUUGAGUCCCCCAAACCUGUCACAGCAGUUAAUGAGCUUGGUUCAGGACAAGGGAGUUGUUCUCGCCAUGGGGAGAAGGCUGCGGAGAAGGCUGCACAUGAUAAUAUUGAAGCUGAGGUGAAGGGUGUGAAGAAGAAGUUGGUUUUAAGAGAUGAAGUGAGCAUCGAGGUUGAAGAGGAAAUUGUGCAGCCCAGUGAUGAGAGGGUACGGUUAAACCCGAUAUUGGAAGAGGAGGUUAGAGAAGAUGUCAUUGUACUAGAGGCACCAGUACAUGGUGAAGAGGAACAAUUAGGUGAGACCAAGUAUAAACUGGCCAUUGACACGGUGGAAAACAUUGUGGCUAUUGGAACUAUCAUCAGUGUCGACCUUGAGACCAAACAGCAAACAAUCCAUGGUGUUCCACUUGGAGAGGAGAAUUUGCGGGUCUCUAUCACAGAAACUGUUGUUCCUGAAGCUUUGCUGCCAUUUCCCAUAAAAGAUGAGAUAGUGAAGGUCAAGGAUGCCAUUGGGACUUGUGUCGCUUGGCCGAGGAACCUUGUUAUUGCCCCUGCACCUGGUGGGAAGAAAAAACCAAAGCGUAAAAUUCCUAAUAGGCCACAGAAAGAUAUGUUUGAUGAUAAGGAAGACUUGCAAAUCCUGCCAUCGAAUCUCCCUGCACCUUUAAAGGACUUAUGCAUUUGGGCAAACAUUGGAUUGCGGAAUGGGGCAACCAUCCACGCCACUUUUGGACCAGAACUUUUUGGUCAUCCACAUAAAGCCUUUGUCUUUAGAAAGGACAUCUAUGCUAUGACACACUUGUUGGAAAUUUCAGGCAGCUGCGUUGUUUUUUACAUGAGCUACCUUCAAGGUGUGUUGAAGAAGGCUAAGAUGAAUGACAUGGUCGCCUUUGUCGACCCUGCUCACACGGGUGCAAGUGGCUGUGGAAAUCCAACCGAACGAGCUCGCUUAGUAUCAAAUCGGUUCAUAAAUGGGAAGUCUGGGCAGAUUUAUUUGGUCCCAUAUAAUUCAGGUGGUCAUUGGACGUUGUCUGCUGUGAAUCCAGCUGAAGAAACCAUUCACUUCAUGGAUCCGUUAAAGAGGCGACUCAUCGCUGGUGAAUGGAAAACAAUUCUGGACAACUCCAUUAAAUUCUACAAUGCACACAAGAAUAAGAAAGGGAGGAAAACCAUUCAAUGGAAAAAUCUUGCUGGCAUUCCGGAGCAGAAAGAUAGUAAGACUUGUGGGUAUUGGAUCAUGCGCUACAUGAAGGAGAUAGUGGAAGAUAAGAAUUUGGAGUUUGCAGCUAAAUGGGAAAGAAGGACAAAUCUUAUUUACACAGAAAAGGACAUUGAUCAAGUUCGGGCAGAAUGGGCGAAGCAUGUUAUCAUGUUUCCAGAUAUGUAGUGUGCGUGCUAGGAGGUUUGUCGAUGAUGAAUAGUUAGGGUUUGUUUUUGUGCAUAUUGACAUCAGCAUGCCUAUAUAGCUAGAUAUUGGAGGGUUUUUUGCCUAACCAAAUGAUCGGCUUUUGCUAUUAUCGAUCAUUUUAACCUUAGCAGCUGAUUAGUCACUUUUAGCCUAACCAAAUGAUCGGCUUUUGCUAUUAUCGAUCAUUUUAACCUUAGCAGCUGAUUAGUCACUUUUAGCCUCCAUGGAUUUUAAUCUGUUGAUUAUUUUCAACAGUUGAUGUACAUUGGUGGAAUAUGGAAAUGGUAGUACAUGAUUU